GACUUCACUCCACUCCCCCUAAAGUUUAUCAAGUUGAUGUUUUGGAAAUUUUGUAAUAUUUGUGUUUAAAUUUAAUAUGGAAUAAAUACUAUAUAAUUAGCAGUGGCGAUUAAAAAUAUAUUGUACAAUCAACUAAAUAGUAAAUACCAAAAAUGUCUACUGCUACAGUUCGUGAUCUUCAGAAUUAUGUUUUCAAUAAUAAAGAAGAAAUAUUAAUUAGUUCCUGUAAAGUUAGCAAAUUUUUGAAGAAAAAGAAAGUAUCCUUUUUGUGUCUUGUUAGUGUAACAGGUGUACCUGUUAAUAUCAAUCUUGUUCAAAUAAAACAAACCGAUAGACAAGUGUUUAAAAGAAAACGUAGUUGGACUUUAGUAGAACUUAAAUCUGUAGAUGGACAUAAGGAAUCUACAGAGAAUUUAGAGUUUGAUUUGCACCUAGAUAAAGUAUACAGAUGGGUGGCUCUAAAUACUCAAGAGCGACAUUCGUUUAUUCACAAUCUUUGGAAAUAUUCCAUGAAAUAUUUUUUAAGUGACAAACCAGUUUUUAAAAAUAUUCCUAAAAUGUGGAUUACAGAAGAUGCUACUAUACCAGAGAAGUUUGAUAAUAAUAUGCUACCGCUAGACCAUGAGAUGGUUGAAGAUUUUCAGGUUAAUACAGAAAAAGAACAGGAAGAUUUAAAAAGAUUAAUGACUGGCUGUGAAUUUGCUAUUAGCAAUGCUGAAGCAUUUAUGGAGGUAUUAGCUAGGGAUUUAUCUCUCUUAGAUGGAGAAAAUAUUCACUGUGUGUUAGCCUCUGAAGAUCAAGUUGAAGCCCUAAUGGAUCAUCUGGAAUUAGCUUUAAAUGAAGUUGAUAAAAUGGAGACCCAGUUGAAUGAUUAUGAUGAAAUUCUGUGUCAUGUUAGGGAUACAAUGGAGAAAAUGGAACACAAAAACUCAACUUUGUCUACAGCAAAUAUGAACAAUCAAUGGUUGAUGAAAGAAUUAGAAAAUUUAACUGGAAAACUUGAUCUAUCACACAUACAUCAAAAAAUCUUAGAAGACGCUGACUUCACUACUGCUAAAGGUCUUGCACAGGCAGUGGAAGCAGCUAAUGCCUUAAAAAGAGUAAUGAAUUCAGAUAUAGAUAAGUCACUUCUUCAAAUGGCUGCAGUACAAGAACAAAGGAAACAAUUUAAUAAGUUAAAGGACAAAUUUUCAAGAAAUAUAUGCAGACAAUUUAAUAACUUGUUUAUUCAUUUUGGAAAUCAUAAAGGAGAAGCUGAAAAGAGUGCAGAUAGUUUAGUUUUACCUCAACAUAGUGGAGUUCAUAAAGAACUGUAUCCGUAUACUGAAUUGAUUCAUUGGAUUAAGGUAAUGGAUAAACAGAUGUAUGAAUCUUUAAAAGAAAUUUAUACUAGUUCUUUAGGAAAACUUUAUGACAGAGAUUUGAAAAAUCUAUUUAGUGUAGGAAGGGAAAAAAUUGCAGUGUAUGGAAAUGUAGUUUCACCUACCACAAUUAUUGGCGUUGACAGAGAUCAGUGGACACUGGAAACCAGUACUAAAGAUAGAGAAAGAUAUGAUUUAGUUUUAGAGCAAGUACUCACUCAGCUAGAACCUGUGUUUAUGCAAGAACAACAGUUUUGCUUUAAGUUCUUCCAGUUGGAUGUAAUCAGUAGUCCCAAAGCCUUGGAUUAUAGCAUAGAAAGUGAUGCUGUAACAGCUAGAAAAAUUGAAAAACAGAUUGAUGAAGACAUUAAGAAUAUGAUGAGCAGUCUAUUUGCAUGUUUAAAACCCGAACUUGAUAUGUUGAUUGAUUAUAUUAAAAAACAGGAUAAUUUUUAUUGUAUGUAUGUUUUGGUACGUCUCAACCAACACGUAAUGUCUGCACAAAGCUCAUUCCUCAGCAACACCUUUGGCUCAUUGCUUAUCGAAGUCAAACGGUCUUUGGAUCAAUUCAUGCAGCAACAGAUCGAAUCGAUUAAAGAAUGUAGAAUGUCGAAGAAAUCAAAAUGUGGAAUACUACCCUAUGUACUCAAUUUAGAAAUAUUCGCCAAAAAUGCUAACUGCCUGUUGAAAAGUGAUCGUGCAGCAGAUCUCGAGAAAUGGUACACACGGUUGGUUGAUACAAUGUUGGAAUACAUCGCAGUGCAUGCGAUUGAUCAUAAAACACCUCCACAGGUUAUUAAAAUGGAAAAUUAUCAUCAUCUGUAUUCGCUAUUGUCGCAAUUGAAAAUCUCAGUUUUGGAUAGUCAACGAAAGGAAGCCAAACAGAAGUAUAAUGAUGCUCUUACUGCUUAUGUCACUUUAUAUUUUGGAAGACCAUUGGAAAAAUUGAAUACCUUUUUCGAUGGAGUACAGGCGAGAGUCGCUAGUGGAAUAAAAGCUUCUGAAGUCAGCUAUCAAUUAGCUUUCAGCAAACAAGAAUUAAGAAAAGUUAUUAACCAAUAUCCAGGAUCACAGGUUAAAAAGGGUUUAGAGUCUCUAUACAAAAAGGUAGAAAAACAUUUGUCGGAAGAAGAAAACCUUUUACAGGUAGUAUGGAGAGCGAUGCAAGAAGAAUUCAUCAGACAGUACAAAACCUUAGAAGAUAUAAUACAUCAGUGUUAUCCGGGCUCCAUGAUCUCGUUAGAAUUUACCAUCGAGGACAUACUAAUGUUCUUUUCCGAUAUUGCUCAAUCUCAUUGAUAGUUCAACUAUGUAAAUAACAAACGGACUACAUAUAUGUAUAGAUAUAUCUUUGUUCUUUUGGAUAUAUUUGACUGGGUCAUUAUAUGACAAAUUUUACUCCAUUUAACACAAAAAGUAUUAAGUUAUCAGUGAAUCAAGUAACAAAAACGGGAUGUGGCAUUCCGGGGGUGACCGAGUAAGGGAAGCCUAGCUUCCUUAUCGUUUACGCCCGUAGCGAUGGUCUUUAAUUUAUUUUAGUUUAUUUAUUUUAUUUGCUUUUAUUUAAUUUUAUUUUAUUAAGAAACACGCAUGAGCCUGCGUAGUCUGUGUUGUAGUACUGAUCAAUGCAUUCAGUCUGUAUCUCGCGGUAAGAAUUAAAGCAAUGUUCCCAAAAACUAUCCGGGAGCGUGAUAAUCCUUUUAGUGUGUCAUCUGCAAAGUUCAAAUUUUUCGGUAUGGAAAGCAAAAUAAAUUAAAAUGUUUACACCCUAAAUUUCUUUUUAUCACUUGCUAAUGUGCCUAUUGUAUGAUAUUGAACGUUUACAGUUUAUCUUUUUAAAUUCUUCCUUUCUGUAGCGGUAGCAGACAUAUAGUAUUUGUUCCACCUUGUAACAUAUCCGUGUUUACCGUGGUUUAAUAUAUUUAUCAGCUUUGCAGUUGUAGAUGUUCUAAUAUUUAUUAACAAACUCCAAUUCUGGUUUCCAAGUCUCGUUGCAACAAAGGCUCAUUUUAGCGGCAAUUGUUAAGUCUCAUGGUAAUGAAACAGUGACGGUCGCAUGUAUUUCUGAAUAGCAGAUGAUGUUAACCAAUACUACGCUCAUUUUACACUGGUGGUUGCUGAGCUUCUUUAUUUUUAUCAAUUAAAUCCACUUUGAAAUUAUUAUCAUCAUAAUACAAUAGAUUGAAUAGAUAAUUGAGCAGAAUACCGAUCAUUAAUUUUUCAUAUAAAAUCAUUAUAUUUCGUUUUCAAUGAAAGAUGAUUGAACGGUAUUCCUUCUUCAAAAGCCUGCAUUCAUAAUAGGCUUUUGUAGCAUCUGUUAACAAUUUUUUUGCAUAUAUUAGACAUUAACCAUAUUAUUGCUAUGUAACUAUUAAAAUACUGUAUAAAAUGUAAAUAUUGUAUUAAAAUGUUUAUAUAUUA